AUGUCUGAGCUAUCCGAUGGAAAUGUUAAAUAUAAGGUACAUAAAUUAAAUGAUAAAAACCAAAGCAAUGUGGCAAUAAAUGAUGUGGCAUUCUCAACAACGAACAACAACAAAUCUCGUCGUAUUCGUGAUCAUUCAUGGUUUGAAUGGUUAAAUUUGCUAUCUAAUAUACUCGUACCAACAAUUAUUGGAAUUUUAACAAUAAUCUAUUCUGUUAAUCAAAUUCAAACAACUGAUCAACGAAGUGAAAAUGAUUUGAAAUUAGCCAAUAUGAAACAACAACAUGAUCUUUAUUUAUUCAUUGAACACCAACGGCAAAGGAUACUUAUUGAUUAUCAACAUGAACUAACUCAAUUAUAUCUUCAGUAUGCUAGCGAUCUCAACGAUGAUAAUGAUGAUGAAGUGCCACGCACCGUUGCACGUACAAUAACUUUACACUCUCUUCAAGAAUUAGAUUCUAUUCGUAAAGGUCAUGUGAUAAAAUUUCUAUAUGAUUUAAAUCUAUUAAUGACAAAUCAUCAACCAUCGAUAAACAUCUAUGACGCUGAUUUAACUAAUACAAUUCUGCCUAACAUUUAUAAUGUCUACAAUUCAAUUAAUUUAUCACGAAUAAUUCUACAAAAUGCAACAUUGAAACAGAUCUCAUUGGUUAAUGCAAAUUUUGACCAUGCAACGAUGGAUAAUGCAAAUUUACAAUCAUCAAAUUGUGUUAAUGCAAGCUUUGCAUUUUCUCAAUUACAAUCAACAAAUUUUAUGAAUGUUGAUGUGACAGAUGCAAUAUUUUCAAAUGCUAAUUUACACAGUAGUAACAUCACAAAUGAACAGUUAUUAAAAGCAAAAACACUACAAGGAGCUAUCUUACCAAAUGGAACAGUCUAUCCCCCUUAA